UAGUGGUGUUCAGUCUAAACACACAUUUCACAAGAACAACAAAACAACACACAUUUUUCAUCUACAAUUGUGUUUUAGCGUCUACUUCGCGUCAAAGAGUGUUAAAAAUGGCUGAAGCAAACUGGGAUGAUGUAACAUACAUCAGAAAAUCUAAGCCAAAGAGUGGAACUUUAAAAACGCAGCAGGCUUUAAACUCUGCACAAAGACAGGGUGUGGCAAUUGAUACUGAAAAAAAAUGGUAUUUGAUAGUUUAUAAUAGUUUAUACUACAAGAAAAUCAAUGAGAAGCCGCAAGUGAUAAACGAAUAUGAAUCUGGUAAAGCUAUACCUAAUAACAUUAUCAUGUCCAAGUUGGAGCGUAAUUUGGGUAUCAGGCUUCGAGGUAAGGACAGAGGAAAGCCUUUCGGAGGACCCAAACAGUAGCUAAACUGCUAAGUAACCAUGGAAACAAGUCAAUGCUCCUUGGAUACUGAAACUCACUUUGCAUUGUAUUUUCAUUCUGGCAUAUUUAAAAUUUACUUCUUUAAAAGAGUUAGAUGGAAAAUAGAAAGAAUAAUAUGUUAAUAUUUUAUCAAUGUUCCAAUGUUUUACGUUUGGGUAUAUACUUUAUAUAUUAUACACAUGAUGUAUAUGCAAGGCGAAUGGGAUUGAAAACUGUUGCUUUUUUAUAUAUAUGUACAGUGAAAGUUGUCAGAAUUUAAAGUGUUUUUAAGAUAACAUAUUGCUUUGAUGCCAUAAUGCUUAUAAUGGGAUUAGUUACUUUGAUAUUGAAAAAUGUUUUUGGUAAUUUUUGUUUUUCCUUUUUCAACAGAUAUUUACCUUAAUAUUAACAUAAAUAUAAGCAUGAGUUGAUAACAUUCUUAUGGCAGACAACAUUUUGGAGUUUUUUAUUUCAUGGAUUAAUGGAAGUGGAUAUUCUUCAGGCAGUUCACAUUGUAAAAAGUUCACAGGUUGUACGUUUAGCAGCUUGUUCAGUUCUAAAUAAAACAGCUUUUUAUCAUCCAUUAAAAA